ACAACAAAAUUGUGAAACGUCUGGGGGUCCCCGAGUAGAGGUUUGAGAACCAUUAACAAUGCUUAAUUUAAAAGCUGUUUUCUUAACUGCAAUUCUUCAAGACGUCGGUAGUUGGAGCGAAGGAACGGAGCAUUUCUUAAGAAGUGUAACGCUUUUUUGAGAGGCAAGGUAGAGAGGUUGUUGACUCAAAAAUGCGAACGUGAGACAACUGCAGAACGGAAAGACUGACGGUCGGGUAGUGUUGAGAAGAGUAUCAUCUGUAGUGGAUUCCCGAGGUGCUGACAACAAAAGUGUUCUAUCAUUCUGAGAGUAAGGACAAUGACCCAAUACACCUCCAGGCUGUGUAAGGUCUAUUUGAACGAAAAGGAGAGUGAUGGAGUGCUGUAUCAGAGCCUUGCCUCCACAAUCAUCUGACCUCAGCCCAAAUGAGAUCAUACCGCAGAGUGACGGAAAAGCAGCCAACAAGUGCUCAGCAUAUCUGGCCAGUCAGUGUGGAGCAGGAACAGUAAUUGAGGCUGCUGUGUGUGUUGUGCAGAGUGGAGUUUCUCAUACCGUGGACAGAGAGGAGACGCGCGCAUUCCCCAGUCUGAGCACACACACACACAGGGGGAGAGCGAGAACCAGGGAGUUGAGACAUUGUGUGGAGGCCGGAGCCUGAGGGAGUUCCCCCCUCAUCUGUAGCCCGGCUAGCAGUCGAGACACCAUGCUGGUGCUGUGGGAAGGAGCACACUGGAGCCAUCUCAUCUUGCUUGGACUAUUGUCUCUGCACUACCAGACCUACGCUCUCCUCAGUCCCAGGGUUAGGGGUAGUCCCCAGGGUGACUCAGACUGGGGAACGAUCCAUGCUAACGUUCUGGACAGUAUGUUACUGAGGACUUUGGGGAAGGCGGCGGUGGACAGUGAAAAGGACACCAGUGGGAGCACAGCCCCAGCCCUGCCCCAGCGACAGCUCUGGUGUUACUGCUAUCACCACUGUCCUGAGGACUCCACCAACAACACCUGCAGGACGGAUGGGUACUGCUUCACCAUGGUGGAUGAAGAGGAGGGAGGGGUCCCUGUCCUCACAUCAGGAUGUCUGGGUCUGGUGGGAUCAGAGUUCCAGUGCAGGGACACAGGCAACUCCCGACUGAGAAGAUCUCUGGAGUGCUGUACUGACCAGGACUACUGCAACAAAGACCUGCACCCCACCCUGCCCCCACUCAAAACACCCAAUUAUGCAGAUGGGAACAUCCACCACAUGGCUCUGCUCAUCUCGGUCACUGUGUGCAGCAUCAUCCUGGCUCUCAUCGUUAUAUUCUGCUACUUCAGGUACAAGCGCCAGGAGUCUGGGCCGCGCUACAGCAUUGGUCUGGAGCAGGAUGAGUCCUACAUCCCUCCGGGAGAGUCUCUCAGAGACCUCAUAGAACAGUCCCAGAGUUCAGGCAGUGGCUCAGGUCUCCCCCUGCUGGUGCAGCGCACCAUAGCCAAGCAGAUUCAGAUGGUUAAGCAGAUUGGAAAGGGCCGCUACGGAGAGGUGUGGAUGGGCAAGUGGAGAGGAGAGAGGGUGGCCGUCAAAGUCUUCUUCACCACCGAAGAGGCCAGCUGGUUCAGAGAGACUGAGAUUUACCAGACUGUCCUCAUGAGACACGAGAACAUACUGUGCUUCAUAGCGGCUGACAUCAAGGGAACAGGCUCGUGGACCCAGCUCUACCUGAUCACAGACUACCAUGAGGGUGGCUCUCUGUACGACUACCUCAAGUCCACCACGCUGGACACCAAGGCCAUGCUACGGCUGGCCUACUCCUCAGUCUCGGGCCUCUGUCACCUCCACACAGAGAUCUUUGGUACCCAGGGCAAGCCAGCUAUCGCCCACAGAGACCUGAAGAGCAAGAACAUCCUGGUGAAGAAGAAUGGAGCCUGCUGCAUCGCUGACCUGGGCCUGGCCGUCAAAUUCAUCAGUGACACCAACGAGGUGGACAUCCCUCCCAACACCAGGGUGGGCACCAAGCGCUACAUGCCCCCAGAAGUCCUGGAUGAGAGCCUCAACAGGAACCACUUCCAGUCCUACAUCAUGGCCGACAUGUACAGCUUCGGCCUCAUCCUCUGGGAGAUCGCCAGGCGCUGUGUCUCAGGAGGUAUUGUAGAGGAGUACCAGCUACCGUACCAUGACCUGGUGCCCUCUGACCCCUCGUAUGAGGACAUGAGAGAGGUGGUCUGCAUCAAGAGGUUACGACCUUCCUUCCCCAACCGUUGGACUAGCGACGAGUGCCUUAGGCAGAUGGGCAAGUUGAUGACGGAGUGUUGGGCCCACAACCCGGCCUCUCGCCUCACGGCACUGCGCGUCAAGAAGACCCUGGCCAAGAUGUCCGAGUCUCAGGAUAUUAAACUGUGAUGGCCGGGAGGGACACUCCAGGCGUGGGGGAAACACGUCACCACGGACCGACAGCCAGGGCUCUGCUCCGCUCUACCCACAGUCCUCUGCUGCAUGGGGGGUCAGGAGGACCAGAAGCCAGCAGUGCAUCACAGGGAGCCUCACCCCGGGCCACGGUCACUCAGAGAGAAGGAGAUAACCGUCCGUAACCCCUGGAACCCCUUGAACUGUCGCGAUGAACUACUUGUUUAGAUACUGAAUACCUAGGGCAGGUAUUGCCUUUUUAAAGCGACCUGCUAUGAUCAUGUUUGGUUGGCUUAGACAAAGAGGACACAAGCCAAGUGGGUUUUAUUUGUGCUUUCUGUGAAAGCUGCUCUAGUUUUGGAUGAUGGGCCAGUGGUGGCCGGAGGAAGAAGGAGGUGGGGAACUGCAUGAGGAGGGUGGAGGGUGACCCCUUCAGGCGCAUCACAGGAUGACAGCAGGAGGAAUCAGCUGACAAUCUGAAGCCAUAAUCAAGUGUUGAUUUAGAUUUUGGGGUGUAUUUAUUAGUGCAAACUGUAGAAAAACAUUUUGCACCACAAAAGUUUUUCAACAAAAACAAGCAUUUCUUAUUGGACAAUUUUAGGUUAGUCCCUCCCCAUUUUAGCCAGUUGGAUUCUGUUUGGUUCCUAGUGAAUACACCCCUGUUGUUGUCCAGUAGUUUACCAAGGUAAACCAUGGUGUGUCUGGGGUAAAGGGGAGUUUUUUUCUUCACUAUGAGUACAUUAUAAAGUGUCAAGUACUGAUUCACUGUGGCCUCAUUUGUAAAAGUAGCUUCAUUUUUAUGUACGCCACAAAUAAAGAUAUUCAAAUGAUAUCAUUUCAAAUUCAAAUUGUAUCGGCAAUAAAACAUUUAGGUGACAAUG